AUGUCGCACUUCUCACUCUAUUUCACGCGAGGCACGCCUCGGAGUACUACUCCAUCCUUUACUUUGGACUUUUCCAAGGAACCAUACCUCGAAUCUCUAGCGGAGCGGCUAUAUCAGCAAUAUACCCGAGGUCUCUCUGACUCACCCGAUGGGUCAGGGUCAGACCAUUCAGAUCGCUUCGUCACUCAUGGCCAUACAACGUUUGAGCGAAGUGAUUUGGGAUGGGUUCCCCGAAGUAAGGUGGCGGAAGAGCGAUCGCUCGUAACGCCUACUUUCACUCAACCCAAAUCCACUGAUAUCGCCUUGUCAAAUGGCCUCACUUCUUCCUCUUCUGCCCCUCCUGCUCCUACUCAAACCGCCCCUCCUCCGAAGCGUGUUGCUCCAGUGAACUCUACUGCAUCUCCUCCGAAACCCGUUACUCCCGUGAAGGCCGCUGAACCCCCCAAAGAAGCUCCUCUUCCGGUGAAUGCCACUGAAACCCCCAAGGAUAUUCCUGCUCCGGUGACCGCUCCUGAAUCCCCCCGAGUCGCGCCUCAGAAAGUCCCUCCUAUCUGUCGCGAGAAACCUUCUAAACCAAUAUUCCCAACAUCUUCUCGACAAGGUGACCUACGAAGGAGCGUCGCGCUACUAAAUGCAAAUAGAAGCCAGGGCGAGAAGGCACAGCCAGUAACUCAAGUUACCAGUCAAGCUCCGGACAAAGCUAUUAAACCGUCAACCCCGGUCCAACUUCCAGAUUCUCAAACAUCCAUGUCCUCGUCUGAGUACAGACCGUCGUCUCCGUCAUCCCAGUCUUCCAGAUCACCGACCCCAGCUCAGUCCAUAUCCUCAGCUAGACGUCGGUCUGGUCGGACUCGAGCCGAACCAGCGACGUAUAAUCUCAAGAAGCUCACUAGACGGCAAGGGGGUUCUAAUGAUUCACCCAACCAUUCCGACAGAGAGUGUUCUCCUACCGUUUCCGAGUCUCCGCCACCUUCAAUUUCUCCCCCCACACAUGCGUCCAUACAGCGUCGUCAGUCCUCACAGCUGCGCCAACCCUCACAAGGACGUUUAUUAUUACAGGAAUUCCCUGACAAGAUCCAGACCGAGUGUGCCACUCGCUUUAGAUCCAACGUCUCAAAACUUCUGUGGACUCGGGAACUUCAGGGCGUGAGACCUACCCACGAGCUUCUCCGUGCGACAGUGAGCUCGAAUCUGAAGCGUUGGAAGACGUGGAAGGGUGCAUCCAACGACGUGGGUACCCUAGCGUGGUCGCCUGACGGUGGAAAGUUUGCAGCAGGUGCCACAGCCUUGUCUGACGAAUAUAACCGCGGCAAUAACUUGGUAUCUGGAGAUCUUUCACGGAAUAGCUUGCAUGAGCUACCCGAUCAUAAUAUUCGUCAGACAUUGAGUUCGCCUACGGCAGACCCACGUGUUUUCCCGACUGUCUCGACUGUCCAAUGGGUCAAUAAGCAGCUGUAUACUGCGAGCUAUGAUCAUACAGUAAAGAUUUGGAACACCGGCAAACCCACCUCUCCUGAUGCCCCUACUUGCGUCAAAACACUCCGGCACGAUUCAAAGGUGUCAGUCAUGGCGGUUUCGAAGAUGAUGCCUCAUCUUGUGGCCAGUGGGACCGCACAUUCGUUUAGCUUGUGGAACCUUCUUGAUAAAACCCCGUCUCCCAAGCCUUUGGAAAUUCGCCGCGAUCCUCGCCAAAAGGCUAACAUUAUCCUUGAGCCGACAGUGCUAGCCUGGGGACAGAAUGAGGCAACCAAGAACUAUCUAGUUGGUGGGAUGACCGAGAACAUCAAGGAGGACCUCAAAGUCGCACUUUGUGGUCAUCUCGGCAUGUGGAGAGUCACUGAAUCUUCUAUUGAGCGACGCAAGCUGAGUCCCGAUUCGCAGAAUAUCUUUGAUGUGAAGUGGCAUCCUUCCUGGCGAAGGUUUGCGGUAGGGAGCACGUACAGCCAGUCCAUGAACCUUCCUUUACGCUCCAAAACCGUUGUCCAACUCUAUGAUAUCGAGUCCGACGGUAGAGUUGUGGUCACUGGAAAAUGCGCCUGCUCGGCGGUGGAUAUGAAUGAAGUGACGUUCUGUCCGAUGGAUUCCACCUACGUCACUGCCAGCUGCACAGACGGAAGCACCUAUGUUUGGGAUUCUCGCAACGAUUCGAGACCUAUCCAUAGGCUUUCUCAUGGCCCGCCCACGAACUCUCCCAAUAUGCGAAAUCGGGAGUACAACGAUUUCGGCGUGCGAGCAGCGCUGUGGGGCAGCACGAUGGAUCAAUUCUACACUGGCGGAUCUGACGGGUAUCUCAAGCAAUGGGAUAUCCGUCGAGCAACGGAAGAUGCAUUAGUCGCCAAUACCGUCCGCCUAAACGAUGGGAUCAUGAGCGGAGCGUUUUCACCAGACAAGUCACAGCUCCUUCUUGGAGACUACGCCGGUGGGAUCCAUGUCUUAUCUUGCGAACACUUUGAAGACGAAGUUGUCGAAUUUGAUUUCAAUUAUGCCCCGGACCCGGAAUCCGUCGAAACAUCUGGAAUUCACCUUGCGAAAGAGUUCCUUGACAUGGGCAGGCUCAUCAUGGACCCCCUCUAUGGCCCCGUUCAGGGACCUAACUACAACGGUCCCUAUGCACCUUGGGCUCGGGAUCUUCCUAAGACCGCACCUCGGGAUAAGAUCAAGCGGACUCCUCUCUUGAGCGAGUACCAGGUGCGGCAAUUUGAAGGACCGCCCCCUGAGGUCCGACGCGGUCUAGAUGCCAAGGCACGCCGAGAGCUCCAGUGCCAGUUCAACCUUGCACGGGCACGCCAGGCGUGCCGCUGGAAACUAGGGAGCGCUGGUCUCUCGAAUAGCGGCGACAAUGUGCGCAAGCGCAAGCGGGACAGCCGGAUUGAUUUCGGUGGCAUUGACAAGGAUAGUCCGACCCGGAAAAGGAAAAAGAAGAAGAAGAAGGACAAGUCGAAGAGGCAUAGAAAUCACGUUAUCACGAUAAACGUGGACGGGAUCAUUGAUUUGACGAUGGAUUCUGAUUCCGAGCAAAUUACCUCGACCUCUGCGGCGACUCCUUCCACUGUGCCGAUGGCAGCGGCUGGCGGUGACUCGACGAUGGAUUCCGACACUGAGUCAAUAUCAAUAUCCUGGCCAGUUCCUGGUCGUUCUUCACUCUCUCGUUCUCCUGUUCCCAAGGUGAUGGAAGAAGACUCGGAUGAGGACUAUUGGUGGCCCGAUAGCAGGCAUGUCGAUGCCAACCUGAGUCCCGACGAGCUAUGA